CAUUGAUAGAACGGAAAUCAAUCGGAUGGCGGCUUUUCCAUAAUUCAAUUCGGGCCGGUACUGGUUCGGACCCCUCGUCGGCUCGGACCGGAUCAACCGCACGACAAAAUGGUUGCCGAUGAAGUGCGACUUCAAUCGCCAACGGAGUACAUCUAUAGGACCAUCAUGACCGAUGUGACUGACCACUAUCAUCUCCUACCAAGUCAUUAAAUAUACCCUCUCCUCGUCUUCUUAACAUCAAUCCCGACUCCCGAGCCUAUUGACUGCUCUGCCACGUCAACCAUGCCGGAGAUCAUUCAGACAUCCGAGAUCGACCGAAAGCUGGCCGGUUUACUCGAGGAAUACAUCAGAGACAAUCCAAAAUCGGCCGAGUACCACCAACGCGCUCGCAAUGUUAUCCCCGGCGGAACUUUACGUUCUGUUCUCAGCUUCGACCCUUUCCCCCUGACCUUCUCUGGCGGCAAGGACUGCUACGUGACCUCGGUCGACGGUCGUGAGUACCUCGACCUGGUGUCCGAGUACAAUGCCGGCAUGUACGGGCACUCCCACCCAGUCAUCCUCGCGGCAGUCGAGCGUGCCGCCAAGACCGGCUUCACCCUGGGUGGUCCCAACGAGCGGGAAGUUGAGCUGGCCGAGAAGCUGGUGAACCGAUUUCCCAGUGUCGAUUUGAUACGCUUCUGCAACUCGGGGACGGAGGCCAAUACAAUGGCCAUCGCGAGUGCUCUUCAUUUCGUCCAGAGGAAAAAGGUCAUGGUUUUCGAAAAUGGCUACCACGGCGGUACCCUCCUGUUCGGAGGACCCUCACCCAACCCUCUGAACCUCCCCCACGACUGGGUAAAGGGCGUCUUCGACGACAUCGAAGCCACCCGCGCCCGCAUCACCUCGGACAUCGGCGUCAUCCUCGUGGAGCCCAUGCAAGGCGUCGCCGGCAUGAUUCCCGGCACCCACGAGUUCCUCGCUUUCCUCCGCGCAGAAGCCACCCGCAUCGGCGCCGUCCUCAUUUUCGACGAGAUCAUCACAUCGCGCCUCUUCUUCGGCGGGUUGCAGGAACACCUCGGCAUCCUCCCGGACAUGACCACCAUCGGCAAGCACUUUGGCGGCGGCUUCUCCUUCGGGGCCUUCGGCGGACGGCGCGACAUCAUGGCCCAGUUUGACCCGUCCGCGGCGGGCUCGGGCGCCCUGCAGCACUCGGGAACGUGGAACAACAACAUCUUCUCCAUGACGGCCGGCGCGGCGGCGGUGGACUUGCUGUCGCGCGAGGAGCUGCAGCGGACGGCUGAGCUGGGGAGCCGGCUAAGGGAAGGUGUGGCGGAAGCCUUUGAUGCUCGGCAUAGCGGUCUUGUCCGCGUCAAUGGGAUCAGCAAUGUCGCUGGGUUCAAGUUUGAGGGUGCGGAUGGCGCGCGUGGCGCCAAUAUUCGGCAUUUGUUCUACUUCUACCUCUUGAGUAAGGGGAUCUACAUCAGCAGCCGGGGUUUUGUAUCGCUGAAUAUUACCCAUCAACCCGAGCACGUUGAUCGCUUCCUGGGCGCAGUUCGCGAGUUCUGCGAGACAAUACUUUAGAUAGAGGAGAAGGAGGAGAAACUAGGUGCUCCGGGAUAAAGGCCCUGACCAGGAGCUCCUCUCCAGAGACCGACUGCGAUUGGACAAAUCAUCGUCAAUCACUUACUCUGAUAGGCGGCUAGCCCC